AUGAACAAUAUGAACAUGGAGGCAGCGGUGCUGCAGGCGUGCAUCGAGGCCGCAGACGAGAAGCGCGCAGGCAUCCUUCGAAGACUCCCCGGCGUCGGCACCUCUCAAGCGAACCAGGUCACAGGCAGCAGCUCCGAGCAAGGCUCCAGCUCCAGCUCAGAUGCAACUGUAGCACCCAAGACCAAGAGAUUGACUGACUUCGCUCCUGAUCCAGGUUACUUUAUCGCGGGUGCCGUCGCCGGAGGACUAUCGCGAACUGCCACCGCUCCUCUCGAUCGACUGAAGGUCUACCUGCUCGUCAACACUCGGGCAAGCACCGACACGGCGGCCAGUGCUCUUAAGCAAGGGCGUCCGCUGCUCGCCCUUCGCAACGCAGUCAGGCCUUUCAGUGAUGCCGUCAAGGAUCUCUGGAAGGCUGGUGGUAUGAGGAGUCUGUUUGCAGGCAAUGGACUCAAUGUUAUCAAGAUCAUGCCCGAGAGUGCCAUCAAGUUCGGAUCAUAUGAGGCUGCAAAGAGAACUCUCUCCAAGCUCGAGGGCCACAACGAUCCCAGGCAGAUCAACAGCUACUCGAAAUUCGUCGCAGGUGGUGUUGCUGGCAUGGUUGCUCAGUUCUGUGUAUACCCGUUGGAUACACUAAAGUUUCGCCUCCAGACGUCAACGGUCCAGGGCGGCCUCUCUGGAAACGCCUUGGUUCUCGAUACUGCCAAGAAGAUGUGGCAGGCUGGUGGUGUGCGCAUUGCCUACCGCGGUGUCACCAUGGGCCUGAUGGGCAUGUUCCCCUACAGUGCUAUUGACAUGGGCACAUUCGAGUUUCUCAAAACCUCAUAUAAAAGAUACAUGUCGAAAUACCGCGGCAUCCACGAAGAAGACGCCAAGCCAGGCAACAUUAUGACUGGCAUCAUUGGCGCCACCAGCGGUGCUUUCGGAGCAUCGGUGGUGUACCCCCUCAACGUCCUCCGUACUCGCCUCCAGACCCAAGGUACCGUCAUGCACCCUGCGACCUACACAGGCAUCGUGGAUGUCGCACAGCAGACGCUCAAGAACGAGGGUAUGCGGGGCAUGUAUAAAGGACUCACACCCAAUCUGCUCAAAGUUGCUCCAGCAUUGAGCAUCACCUGGGUUGUGUACGAAAACACAAAGAAAUUCCUUGGCUUGGAAUAA